CAACAAGUGGGUGGUUUAGUCAUUACGUUGGGCAGUUGAGAGCAUCCGGGCAGUGCGAGGCUUAGAUGUAUUAGAUCAAAUCUCCGCGCUUGGAUAUGCAAGGAAGUGGGUGAAACGAAAAGUGUAUAUGUGGCAGAAGUGGGCACUAACUUGACCAUCAGUGAUUUAUUUAUAGAGGCACCAGCCAUCCACGCCCAGGUGUUGUUGUUUUAGCCGUGGGCACCGGGUGCAGAAAUACAGAAAGGUUGACAAACGCGCGGACCUGAAGGAUUUUUGCCCGACAGGACGAUGUGAUAGUGUUCAGCUCGUUCCCAACUACAUUCUGUAGUUUCUUCUGCUUGUCGAGGCGCUUAUUUCUCCGCAAGGCAACUGACGAAAAGAAACACAGAAAAGCUGGUCAAGAAACACCUCAUCAAUGUCAAGAAUUACACAGCCCUCGUCGUCGAGUUGGCCGGAUGUAAACGCCAGUGGGACCAGCGGGGAAGGACAAGGAAGUCAAACUUCGAGCGCGGAGCCGCCCCAAUUAGAACAACUGCCGCCCCAAAUAGAACAACUGCCGCCCCAAUUAGAACAACUGCACUGGCGGGGAAAUGAAAGGGGGUCGUUAGGAAACCCAUCAACAAUGUCAAGACCUGGACUACAAACUGCUCCCCAAGGACCUGGAUAUCUAAGUUCUUCCGUAGGACAUGGACAGCAAACCGCUCCACAAGUUCAAGGAUAUAUAAGUUCUUCCGUAGGACAUGGACAGCAAACCGCUCCAAAAGUUCAAGGAUAUCUAAGUUCUUCCGUAGUACAUAGACAGCAAACCGCUCCACAAGGACCUGGAUAUAUAAGUUCUUCCGUAGGACAUGGACAGCAAACCGCUUCACAAGGACCUGGACAGCAAACUGCUCCACAAGUACAAGGACAUCUAAGUUCUUCCUCAGGGCAUGGGCGCCGAUCGUCCGCAGCAUCAGACCGCCGCUCAGCAUUACCGAGAAAUGAACAUGCCUACCGGUUACAACAGACACAAGACCUCCUACGACAUUCUCCUCAUCGGAAGCGAUGGUCAUGGGAAGCGGGAAACGGUCAACAGCAUCGCCACCGCCUCCAACAUUUCUGGUUCCAUGGAAAAGAAGACCACUCGCUCGUGCUCCGUGGAGAUGGAGGACUGUACCCUCAGACUUGUGUACGGCCCCAGCGUUUUGGAGAACCUUCAGAACCAGGACGAGAGCGAGCGAGUCGCCCUGGAUCAAGCCAACGACAUCAUGGGGGAGAACGACGCAGGAUUCCACGCUAUUGUCGUUGUCAUAGCCUUCCAGACUCUAGCUCAGGCACACGGCCACAAGUCCAAAAUGUCUUUGCUCAAGCGCACCUUUGGCGAGUUCGUGCUGUCCAGGCACUGCGUUUGUCUGAUGACGGGUAGAGACGAGUUCGAAAGGCGCAUGGAAAGAGUAGGCGCUCCGGACGUCCCGUUUAAAAGGUGGUGCAGUGAAAGGACUGGGGAGAUUCAGGACUGGCUGCAUGCCUUCCAACACCGUAUGGUCCUCUUUGAUAACGACACACAGGACCCGGAGAUCAAAAAGGCCCAAGUCGGCGAACUGGUGGCUCUCAUCCAGAAACUUCCAAACCCUCGUGAGCGUUAUACACUUCAGACGUUCUUGAGCUCUGCCAAGAAAUAUGACAAAGAGAUUUUCCCGAGGAAGCAGGCUACAGAAUGGAAGGCUUUGCUUCCUGACAGUGGGCCAGACGGGCCAGGGAAAGAGCUCCGCUUCUAACGCUAUUCUGGGCUGGAAGGCGUUCCGCCCAUCGGCCGCCGAAGCUGCUAAAACGGUCCGCUCCGCCUGGGCCGUUAAAGAGAUUUACGAGGUGAAGGUCGUUGACGGCCCAGCCCUGGAGGAUCUGACGAGCAGCACACAGGAGGAGGCCGAGGACGCCAUCAUGUCUCAGAUAGCGGCCCACUGUCAGGGCGGCAUAGACGCCCUUCUCUUUAUCGUGCGGUACAACCACGAGCUGAAGGAGAAGGAGUGGAGGAAUAUCAAGACUCUCCGCGCCGUGCUAGGACGGGAGGCGUUUGAAUCGUCUGGGAUCUGUAUCGUCACCGGUGGAGACUAUUACCGUCAAGAUCACAACGGUACUCCUUUUGAAGAGUAUUGUAAAAACGUCGACGGACCUAUGAGGCAGUUGUUUGGGAUGUUUGGUGGUCGUGUGGUGCUGUUCGACAACAAUACCAGCGACCUGCGAGUGAGAGAUGAACAGGUGAAAAAACUGAUGGAGCGCGCCGAGGAGAUUAACCCUGGCGGAAUCUCCUACCGUGACAAUAAAGCGUUUCGCCGCACGUUAAAGAAAAUGGAUGAGCAACUAAGAGAGCGUCCAUAUUUGCGAGAGGAACCACGUCGUGCGUGCAGUCUGCUGUGUCAGUCGUUAACACAAAGUGACUCUCUCCAGGACUGGCGUCUGCAGCGUGUUAAAGAAAGAGCGGGAAAGCUGGGCGCACUUCUGGCCAAGAUGAAUCUACCUCGGAGCGAGACGUUUACAACUUUGGCCACAACAGUGAAGAAGAUUCUGGACGAAAUCAAACAGAUCAGCCCCGACUGCGGUGCCGACAACCUCAGGGCCAAUAUAGAGAGUAUGAAAGAACGUUUACAGGAGGCCUUGGUCUCCGUGGAUAAAAAGUGGGAGAUUUCUGUGGAGAAAGCCACCAACAGAAAGGCAUGUGUAGUGUCUUAAGCCCCUGUUACACGCAACGAUAAAUUGUACCAGAUUCGUCGUAUGAGAGAACUGUCCGUUGUAUCGAACUGGG